AUGAAAAGCCGCGUGGCCGUUGUCUUGGCGCCGGUUCUGGCACCAUUUGUGGCGAUUUUGAAAAACCUGUGGGUCUUCUUCACAGCUCUACUGGAGCUCUUAUUCGACGUUAGCUGGCACUGGAUGUUACAAUCAUGGCACUGGUGGUGCUCCACCGACCAAAAAACACUGCUACAACUGCAGCUGGACCAGGCAGACACCUACGAGGAAUGGGAAAGCAUUGCAUCGGAGCUGGACGAGCUGCUGGGCAACGACGUGUGGCGUCAGACCGCAGCCUCGAAACGAUACGACUACCGGCUGAUUGCAGGCCGUCUGAGAGACUUUAUCGAGUGCCGGGCGGUCGGCGACAUUGCGACGCUGAUUUCUCGUCUGCGAAGCGGACUGCUGCGGAAUUUGGGCUCGAUUUCGUCGCUCCAGCUGUACACUCGCUCGUACCUCGGCUCUAAACUGCUCAUCGAAGAGUACAUCACCGAGGUCAUUGACUGUCUCAAGUACAUCAAGGACUAUGGGACGACGGGCGGACUGGACACCAAGGGAGUGCAUUUCUUCCCAAAGUCCGAACAGCGACAACUGGACAGUGAACAGCUGACUCGACAAAAGAAACACAAGUUAUUCUACGACACACGACAAUCUUUUGGCCGAACGGCCCUCGUGUUGCAGGGAGGAACUAUUUUCGGACUUACUCAUCUCGGAACAAUCAAGGCUCUUACUCUCCAGGGUCUGCUACCGGGUAUUGUCACCGGUUUCAAGGAGGGGGCGUUUAUUGCCGCUCUCACAGGCAUCUACGUAUCCGACCUGGAGCUGCUCGAAACCAUUGACUCUUUGCCAGACACUCUCAAUGACCUGUACCAAAAAUACAAGGAGCGACUGGCGGAGGAAAACAAACACAAGGACCACUCGUUCAGUAACUCCAAUUCGGACUACGACUUUGACUACGCAUUUGACUUUGAACAGUUUGCAAACACCUAUAAUGUGACCUUCUCGUCUGUCACUGACAAAGUAUUGCGAUCGGAGUACCCCCCGGAAGUCAAAAUGUACGAGGAGUUCAUCGAGAAUCAACUCGGAGACCUCACGUUCGAAGAGGCCUUCAACAAAAGCGACCGCGUGCUCAACAUUGUCGCCCAUUCCCAUGACUCUUCCUUCCCGACACUGAUGAACUACCUCACCACUCCCAAUGUGCUCAUCAGAAGCGCAUGUAGAGCUUCCAUGGUGACCGCCCACGACGAGCCCCAAACGAAAAAGGCAUGUGCCCAUCUGCUGGUCAAGGAUGACGACAACAGCGUCAUUCCCUAUGACGCCUGCAAAUCCAGGCGAGGAAGCUCGACCGACGUGAUUCUGGGACCUGUCCAGGAGGAGGUGGAUCCAUUAGAUUCAACAGCUAACGGUACUAACUCUUCUGGACCUCCCAAACUCGAAAUCACAACUGACACCUGGAAACGAAACAAUGCAGACGACGAGGACCACGUGGAUACUCUCCCGGGCCGCGUGAGUGCUCUACCUACACCUUCGUACUCCAUGAUUAACCAGGGCAAGAUUGUCUCUCCCUACGCUCGCCUUUCCGAACUCUUUAACGUCAACCACUUCAUCGUCUCUCUCUCAAGACCCUACCUGGCGCCUCUUCUGGCCAUCGAAGGCCGACAUAGAGGCUACCACGGCUGGAGAGUGAACCUGAUCCGAGUACUGAAACUAGAAUUCGAACACAGACUCGCCCAGUUCGACUACAUAGGCCUGCUGCCGACCAUCUUCCGUCGGUUCUUCAUCGACGAUAAGAUCCCUGGCAUCGGUCCCAACGCCGAGGUGCUCAUUGUUCCUGAGCUAGCGGCUGGCAUGAUCUCCGACUUCAAAAAGGCCUUUUCGAACCACGACAUUCCCGAGAAGGUCCGCUACUGGACCACUGUGGGCGAACGAGCCACCUGGCCUCUAGUCGCCGCCAUCUGGGCCAGAACAGCAAUCGAGUACACCCUCAACGACAUGUACAACCAGACCAAGCGACAAAACUAG